UUAAUUUUCAAACUACUGUAGCAAAAGCUUCUUGAAUAUCAAGUAAUCUCAUUUUUGCUUCAAAAAUUCUACUUAACAAGCAUUUAAAGCCCCCCAAAUUGAACUAUUCCUGAAAAAAAAAACCUUAAUUUCAAAAGGAUAGUCAUCAUCACAAAGCAAAACCCGAAAACCUGAAAGUCAAAAAAGAUAAGUUAGCAAAAACCGAUCGUGAAUUUGGACUUGGGCUUUUCUCAUCUUCUUCGAUGAUCUUAUUUAUUCUUAGAUUUUGAGCAGGUAUUGCGAGAGCAGCUUAUAAUGAUGUCUAGGCCUAUGUUACUUGUGUUUCUGUUACUGAUACUGAUAAUCACAUCCCAAUUUGAGUGGAGACAACCUCUUGUAAAUGACAUUGACACAAAGCCUGCUGUCAACCCAAAGCAGCUACAGAUUUCAAAGUGGGAAGAAGGUGUAAAAGAGAAGAUUAUCUUAUCACAAGAGAAGAACAUUCACAGGCUUAAUGAGCUUGUCCGGAGUCUUAAGCAGCAACUCUUGCAAUGCAAGUGUACUAACGAACCAAGAACUGGCCCUUCAGGCACUUUGACUGAACGUAUUAUUGAGCUUGAAAGGCAGCAGAUCCUGGAAGACUAGGAUGCGACCUUGCAAGAAUUUUGCUCAGGGUGUAUUCUGGAAACGAAAGCUUUUCCUUUUCUGUUCACUCUUUGAAGUUCCGCCCAUGCAAAAGUCUACAUCUUAUUAUACAUCAUUAUCUUUAUUUAUCUUUUA